AACACGAGGCUACUAAGGCGCAAAACCAGCGAGAAUUCGAAGAAGAACAAGAACGGAAGUAUCUCGGCGGUGUUUCCGGCGACGCCUCGUCGGUGCCUCGCUGAUCCCUCAGUUUUCGGUCAGCAUCUCUGUCUCGUUUUUUUCUUUUUUGGACAGCUCGGUGAAGGUCUUGCAAAUGGGUGGCCAUGGCUUCACUGUUGAUCUGAACAAACCCCUUGUCUUUCAGGUUGGCCAUCUUGGAGAUGUGUACGAGGAAUGGGUCCAUCAACCUAUCGUGACAAAAGAAGGCCCUCGGUUUUUCCAUAACGACUUUUGCGAGUUCUUGACUCGGACAGUUUGGUGGGCGGUCCCUGUAAUAUGGCUACCAGUUGUGUUCUGGUCCAUGUUCACAUCCAUGAAGAUGGGACAUACAGUUGCAGAGAUCGCUGCAAUGGCGGCAUUCGGCAUAUUUAUAUGGACAUUCAUGGAAUACACUCUCCAUCGAUUCCUUUUCCACGUGAAGACAAAGAGUUACUGGGGGAACACGGCACAUUAUCUGAUUCAUGGAUGCCAUCACAAACACCCAAUGGACCGUCUUCGCCUUGUUUUCCCUCCCGCCGCCACAGCCAUUUUAUGCAUUCCGUUCUGGAACACAGUGAAGCUCUUCGCAACACCUUCAACGACUCCGGGAUUGUUCGGAGGCGGCUUGCUCGGAUACGUCAUGUAUGACGUCACUCAUUACUACUUGCACCAUGCCCAACCAAACACACACGUAACCAAGAAUCUCAAGAAAUACCAUUUGAAUCACCACUUUAGGAUCCAGGACAAGGGGUUCGGAAUAACAUCCUCGUUUUGGGACAUUGUCUUUGGUACACUUCCGGGGUCCAAGGCCUCGAACAAAAAAAACAAAGCAGUGUUGAGGUAAAAUAUAAUAUUCAGUGAAAACCCAAAAAUAUAUAUAUAUAUAUAUAAUAUUCAGUAUUUAAUAUAAAAUUAGAUUGUUACGCUAUUGUUUAGAAAAAAAUUAUUUAUUAUUAGGACAGUGAGAUCCGUCUCAACUCUCAAGGUGUAUAUGUGAAUCCCCUUGCUUUUCUUUUUUCACAAACCAAAGAUAUAUUGUAUAUCCAAAUAAUUUAUGUACCCAUUUGGAAUCCUAUGAAUCCGGCAAAUAUAUUUGAAUU